GGGUUUAGGGUGUGAUAGCUUCUUUGGAGCCAGAAAAAUAAAGGGUGUCACUGUUUUUCUUUUUUCUUUUUGCAACGUUGAAUAGAUUAUUCAAUUUCUAUUCACAAAAUAGAAAGAAAAAGUGAAAAGGGCGAGAGGGGGAAUAUAUAAUUUUAUAUAGAAGAACUGAAAAUUUUCAACUUUUUUGGUUAAUUUUGAGAUUCUGAUCUAGGUCUCUUUUGCAAUCUUCUUCCACCGUUUGCUGCAGGCUGUUGAUUUGUUUGAGGCAGAAACCUUAUUGAUUAUGAGCGGAUAACAUCCUGCUUCAUGGAUUGGAUUAAAAAGAUUUUUAAGGGCUCUGGCCAAAAGAACUCAGAGGAACAUUAUUAUUAUGGAGAAUAUGUAGAGGAUCCUCAAUUUAAUGCGCCAUCUGGAACAGGGGAGCAUGAUGAAGAGAUAGAUCAAGCUAUUGCCCUAUCCCUUCUAGAGGAAAGUCAGAAUAGGAGAAACAUGAUAAAUGAUGAAUCUCAGCUAGAGGAAGAUGAGCAACUUGCAAGAGCCUUACAAGAAAGCUUGAGCUUUGAACCUCCUCCCCAAUAUGAAAAUGUAAAUUCGUAUCAACCUAUCCCAGUCCAAUUUCCAAUGGGAUACAGGAUUUGUGCUGGCUGCAAUAAUGAGAUCGGUCAUGGAAGAUUUCUAAAUUGCCUCAAUGCAUUUUGGCAUCCACAAUGUUUCCGCUGUCAUGCUUGCAACCUUCCAAUUUCUGAUUAUGAGUUCUCUAGGUCCGGGAAUUAUCGUUUUCAUAAAUCUUGCUACAAGGAGCGUUACCAUCCGAAAUGUGAUGUUUGCAGCCACUUUAUUCCAACAAACCCCGCUGGUCUUAUUGAAUAUAGGGCGCAUCCUUUUUGGAUCCAGAAGUACUGCCCCUCUCACGAACUCGAUAGCACUCCACGAUGCUGCAGCUGUGAGCGAAUGGAGCCACGAGACACGGGAUAUGUUGCCCUUGAUGAUGGACGGAAGCUUUGCCUGGAGUGUCUGGAUUCUGCAGUUAUGGAUACCAAGGAAUGUGAACCCCUUUAUCUUGAUAUACAGGAGUUUUACGAAGGGUUAAAUAUGAAAGUCAAGCCGCAAGUUCCAUUACUCCUUGUUGAAAGGCAGGCUUUAAAUGAAGCCAGAGAAGGAGAAAAGAACGGCCAUUAUCAUAUGCCAGAGACAAGAGGACUCUGCCUUUCUGAGGAACAAACUGUCAGCACUAUUCUAAGGCGACCAAGUUUUGGUAUCGGAAAUCGAGCCAUGGAUAUGAUAACAGAGCCCUACAAAUUGACACGUAGAUGUGAAGUGACUGCAAUUCUCAUUUUAUAUGGCCUGCCAAGGCUACUGACUGGAUCAAUCUUAGCACACGAGAUGAUGCAUGCAUGGAUGCGACUUCAAGGUUUCCAAACUCUCAGUCAGGACGUUGAGGAAGGAAUUUGUCAGGUAUUAGCACACAUGUGGUUAGUUACUCAGCUUGAUUCUUCUUCUCCUCCGAGCAGCGCUGUUGCAUCAACAUCAUCCUCGGGAUCUAGUGGAUUAAGAAAGGCGAAAAGACCUGAAUUCGAAAGGAAGCUCGGGGAAUUCUUCAAGCACCAAAUCGAGUCAGACACAUCGCCCGUAUAUGGAGAUGGUUUUAGAGCAGGGCAUUCGGCAGUUUACAAAUUUGGGCUUAGAAGAACCCUUGAACAUAUUCGGAUGACAGGAAGAUUUCCUUACUGAGAAUCCCCCUAACCCCUGAUUCUUAAAAAUGGUUUUCCCUGUUCUUUUUAAAGAGAUGAAAACCACGGCCAUUUCAUAUUAAUUCAAAUUUGAUUGUUUUCUUU